GUUUAUGGAAGCGCGCCCUCUAUAGCUCAUCAAACUAAUAUCUUUUGUGUACGUACGGUUUAGAAACUUUUAUCAAAACAAUCCUCAUUCACACGUGCACACAACACAUGCACUAUACUGACCACGCUGCGAAAUGUCGGAGAUCCAACAAACGCAUUCUAAAGAUCUUCUUGAUGUUGGAAAAGCUGGACAUGAUGAUCCACUUCUGAUCAGAAAGAAGAAGCCAUACAGAAUGCCACCAUCUUCCGUCUUGGGCCAGGUGAAAUCCUUCCUGCCCAAGAUGCAAGAGGCAAACAGCCAACUGGAGGAGCGACUGAAGACUGCCGCACCCGAGGAUCUAGACAUUGAGAACAUCACGGACUGCGAAAAUGAAGUCAUUGAGAUGAAUUUGGCUGUUUUUGCCGAGGAUGACAACUCUUCUUCUGAUGAUGACGAUAAUGAUGAUUAUGACAGUGAAAGACAAGAUGGUUCAUCGGAUGAGGCCCUUCCUUCGUGCGGUGAAGUUACCGCAGCAAACAUCAAGUUGCCGAAUAACACAUCGAGCAGGCCCAAGAGAACUAUAAUCGAAGACCUCUCCAGGGUCAAGGACAAUGACCUCAGGUCAGGGGUCAAGCCAGACAGCGAUAAAGAGACAACCGUGCCGGCAUGCAUAAGAGAAGAUACCAGUGGACAGAAACAAGACGUCGUUGCAGAUACAGAAAUUGGACAGAGUCAAACGUUUGAUAUGAAUAGAUGAACAACUUUUUUUUAUCUUAUUCAUUUUCUGAACCCCAUUUUUGACAUUAAUGUGUUUGCUUUUGCUUAAUGCCGACAUGAAAAAAAAAAAAAAAACCCAGGUGCACUGAAGAUAUUGACAAAACCAUGUAUUCCGUCACUUACACAAAGAAAUUCAUCCACAAAGACGGUAUUGGUCUGUUGCGCCAAUCUCCUGUGCCCAUGUCGCACAGCUUGUUUCCACAGACUGUCCACCUCUUGUGGUCUCCCCAUUUGUGGCAUGGAUUAUUUUAAAUGUGAUGCAUCUAAAGUAUGACUGAUUCACAGAGUGCAUUUGUAUAUUCACAGUGCCUUCUAAAGCUGGAAAUAACGGUACAAACAUGUAUUAGUAAGUCAUGUUCCUCAAUAUUAAUGAGCAUACAUGUAUUUUGUCCUGCUUCCCGGAAGCGAAUAAUCAGUGUUGUAGUCGAGUACUUUUUUUCCGAGUACCGAGUACUGCCGAGUACUUAGAUAAAUGGUUCAUUGUGCGUAAUUGGCCCAGACCCAGUCAGACCGAUAUACAGUUACCAUCUACACAGCAGGCCCAUAGCCAGACUGGUGUGAGGGGUGUUUUUUCCCUCCAAAAAUUGGGUCUUUUCAUCAUGCUCGAUCUUUUUGCAUGCUUUCAGUAAAUGUCUGGAAAUUACAAAAACUUGACGGCUUAAAUGGGCCUUAUUCACGAGUCAGCCAUAUUGAAUUGAAAGUGAGGUAAAAAUCUUUGUGGAACUUGCUAAGAGAAAUGAAAGCAAUUAAAUUACUCAUUAAUUCCUAACUGCAUCAAUGAAUAAAUUAAAAUUUGUAAUUAAACAUUCCCUAAUGUUAAAAGCCAGAUUAAAAAAAAAAAUUACAGUACAAUGAGGCGGCAUUGUGCCUGCAGAAAUAGUCUGGUGCCAUCCCAUUCAACAGUUAACACUUGAUGAAAUACAUUCAGGGAACUUGACAAGAAGGCCCAUGGAACCAUGUUGAAUUUUGGGUGCAUCAGGUACCUUGCCCAUGGACAAAAUAUGUCAAUCUCAUCUCAGUUCAGGACUUGUCCCUAAUCACUGGAACUUUUUCAUCUGGGUCAUGCAAUUUGGGGUCCAAAGUGUGACAUUUUUCCCGUCCAUGUUACAAUAUCUCAAAUGAUCUGGGUUUCUGCACCUUGAGUUCUGGUCAGCGUUUCAUGAGGGUGUAGAACCACUGCAGUGAGAGAGAGGCUUAUUGGACUUCGUUCUCUUUCCAAGGAUGAUGGCCAAGUCAGUAGCAAGUGCUGUAACUUCAGUGUGGGUGUAACCAUAGCCAAAUGAAGACAUCAGCUCAAAUGUGUGUCACUAGUGUUUGUUCCUCCUCCUGGCUCAACAGGGGAUCGGGACCACAUCUGGUUGUUUCCAAUUUGGUUUUUCCAUUAACCGUAACAGAACUCAACCCAUCAAACCCCAACAGCAUGUAUUGUUGGAAUUUGUCUGGAUGGGUACAGUGCCCCUAAACUGACAGUCUUUUACAUUGGGUUGGCACACCUAGAGAAAUAUGUGUGUGCAGUUUCCCAUAUGGUGUUGGAAUUUGCCAGGAUGGGUAUAGUUCCUAGUAAAUCAUGCUAGGGAGUUAGGGUUAAUGCUGUCAUGUAGAGUAGAGUAUGGGACACUUGAAGCUUUCUUAAUAGGCAUUGCCUGACCAACAGCAGCUUCAUAUGCUGCAUCAAAAGAUUCUUGCGAAUAACAUCUGUAGCUGGCCUACAGUUUGUGUAUCAUGGUCUUUAUACAGGGUGUUUCAAUAAAAAGGAAACCCAACUUUGAAGAACCAGUAUGGACAGAAUAAAUGUUUACUGGUUAUAAAACUGGUAUCAUCUGAAAGCGUAAUCUCUAUGCUUUUCAUUGAGACCUUGUUUACAUUUCCAGGGUCAUGCAUCACUGAGCGCCACUGUCAUGAGAUUUUGAUGCAAAAUUGCAGUUGGUUCACUUUCAUGUCAAACACAAUAGGCAUGGUGAGCAUGAGAAUAAGUAUUGAAGAAGAUGACACGAGUGCAUAAAAAGAAACC